AUGUCCACCUCGCAGGAUGAGCUCGAUCACUACGAACACCUGCUUCCGCCAAGCUGGAAGACACAGAUCACGACAUGGUUGCAGGAAGACACCCCAUCGUUCGACUACGGAGGCUUCGUAGUCGGAGAAGCCCAUCGUGAGGCCUUCCUUCUCGGGAAAGGCAAACAGACUGCCGUCCUCGCGGGCGCGCCCUUUUUCACCGAGGUGUUUGCACAACUAGGCUGCGAGGUGGAAUGGCACAUGAAGGAGGGCGAGACGUUCGAGCCGGUGAAGCACGUCGCGACCGUCAGGGGCAAGGCGCGGCACCUCCUGCUGGGCGAGCGCGUCGCGCUCAACAUGCUCGCGCGCUGCUCCGGCAUCGCUACCCAAUCGAAGAAGAUCAAGGACCUCGCGCGGGGCGUCGGGUACAAGGGCGUCAUCGCGGGCACGCGCAAGACGACGCCCGGGUUCAGGCUCGUGGAGAAGUACGGGAUGCUCGUGGGCGGGAUCGACCCGCACAGGCACGACCUGUCGAGCAUGAUCAUGCUGAAGGACAACCACAUCUGGUCGUCUGGCUCGAUCACGAACGCCAUCAAGCAGGCGCGCAAGGUCGGCGGGUUCAGCCUGCUCCUCGAGGUCGAGGUCGGCUCCGAGGCAGAGGCGGACGAGGCGAUCGACGCGGGCGCGGACAUCGUCAUGCUCGACAACAUCGAGGGCGCGGAGCUCGUCGGCGUCGCGCGGCGGCUGCGGGAGAAGUGGGCCGGGAAGCGCAAAUUUUUGUUCGAGAGCAGCGGGAACAUCACGGAGGCCAACCUGCACGAGCGCGCGAUCAAUGAGAUCGACAUCUUUAGCACGAGCGCCGUGCACCAGUCCGUGCAGCACAUCGACUUCAGCUUGAAGAUCCAGAAGCCCAAGAACUAA